AUGGAAUGCUUUGGCCCCCAUAUUUCGGCCAUACUUCAGCCGUAUCUCUGCGGCAAAGGUUGGUUCUUGGGAAACCGAUCUCCUAAACUGUCUGAAGAGUUUAUCUUCUUCUUCUCGAUCGCCUACGGCGACCACGUGCGUCACGCCACCCCACGUGGAACACACAUGGUUGAAGAAUGGAUUGCAGCCGGAUCCACUAUUCAAUGCUGCCAACUUUUUUCCAUGGGGAUGGCCUCUAUUCUCCUGCUAUAG